CCCGGGCCCCACCCAGCCAGGUACCCACUCUACCACCCAAAAGCCUGUUUCGCCCGUGCUCCAGGGUAGUUGCUAUCUAGCCCACCCUACGAACCAGCUGAAUCCCCGGGCGCCUGACCCUUCUCCUUCGACCCCAGGCCUUCUUCUCCCUCUCUGGGACAGUCCGGCUGGGAAGGGGGCAAACACGUGACCCAGGCAACCCUCCUGGUUCCUCGCCACGUGAUUGGUCGGAGGGCGCAUGCGCUAGGCUGCCCCGGCGUAGCCGUGAGGCCUCUUCUCCCUUCUCCCCCUCCCAAUUUCCGAUCAUGGCCGCUGCCGCGAAGGAGGCAGUGGCCCCGACGGGCGCCCUGGGUGGUCUCGUCCAGGACUUUGUGGUUGGGCAGCAGGAUGGCCCGGCGGCCGAGGUGGCGGCAGAUGUGAAAUCUGGUCGCUGUACUAUAUUACAAGUGGUGGAAGCCCUUGGGUCCUGCCUGGAAAAUCCAGAGCCCCGGACUCGUGGACGAGGGAUCCAGCUACUGUCCCAGGUGCUACUUCAGUGUCAUCCCUUGCUCCUAGAAAAGGAAGUGGUACACCUGACCCUUUUCUAUGAGAACCAACUCAAAGACCAUCACCUGGUGAUCCCGCCAGUACUGCAGGGACUUCGAGCACUGAGUAUGUGUGACGUGCUCCCUCCAGGCCUGGCUGUUUCUGUGCUCAAAGCCAUCUUCCAGGAGGUACAUGUCCAGUCUCUGACACAGAUGGAUCGCCACACUGUCUACAGCAUCAUCACCAAUUUCAUGCGUACUCGAGAAGAAGAGCUGAAGGGCCUGGGAGCCGAUUUUACCUUUGGCUUCAUCCAGGUAAUGGAUGGAGAGAAGGAUCCUCGAAACCUUCUGGUGGCCUUCCGAAUUGUCUAUGACCUCAUCUCCAAGGACUACAGCUUGGGGCCCUUUGUUGAGGAACUGUUUGAAGUGACAUCCUGUUACUUUCCUGUUGAUUUUACCCCACCACCUAAUGACCCUCAUGGUAUCCAGAGAGAAGAUCUCAUCCUGAGCCUUCGUGCUGUUCUGGCUUCUACUCCCCGUUUUGCCGAGUUCCUGCUGCCGCUGCUGAUAGAAAAGGUGGACUCUGAGAUGCUCAGUGCCAAGCUGGACUCCUUGCAGACACUGAAUGCUUGCUGUGCUGUGUAUGGGCAGAAGGAGCUGAAGGACUUCCUGCCAAGCCUGUGGGCUUCCAUCCGUAGAGAGGUAUUCCAAACAGCCAGUGAACGAGUAGAGGCAGAAGGACUGGCAGCCCUGCAUUCCCUGUCUGCAUGUUUGUCUCGGUCGGUGUUGGAGGCUGAUGCAGAGGAUCUCCUUGACUCCUUCCUUAGCAGUAUCCUAGAGGACUGCAGGCACCAUCUAUGUGAACCCGACAUGAAGCUGGUAUGGCCCAGUGCCAAGCUGCUGCAGGCAGCUUCAGGGGCGUCCGCUAGGGCCUGUGACCGCAUCACCAGCACUGUGAUCCCCUUGCUGCUGGAACAGUUCAACCAGCACAGCCAGAGCAGCCAGAGGCGGACAAUUCUAGAGAUGCUUUUGGGUUUCUUAAAGCUACAGCAGAAGUGGGGAAAUGAGGACAAAGAUGAAAUACCUCUGAGUGGGUUCAAGGCCCCGCUGUGCUCCUUGAUCUCUUUGGCCCUGGCAGAUCCCAGUACGCAACUGCAGCUAGUUGGCAUCCGUGCCCUUACCGUUUUGGGUGGCCAGCCAGGCCUGCUGUCUUCUGAAGACCUAGAGGUGGCGAUUGAUCAUCUCUAUAGGCUGAGCUUCCUGGAGGAGGAUUCCCAGAGCUGUUUGGCAGCAAUGGAAGCAUCAGGGACGCUGGCCACCCUCUAUCCCACAGUCUUCAUUAGCCAUCUGGUACCCCGGCUGGCAGAGGAGCUUCGUACAGGGGAUCUGCAGUGGGCCGGUGGGGAGGGCCCCUCACGCCGAGCCAGACGCUUGCGCUGUCUCCAGGCCCUGUCGGCUGUCUCAACGCACCCCAGCAUUGUCAGGGAGACCCUGCCUGUGCUGUUACAGCAUCUCCGCCACGCGCACAGAGGCGACAAGGCAGACUCCAGUGAGGUGAUUGCCGUGUGCCGGAGUCUCCAUCUGGUGGCCGGGCAGUGCCAGCAGGAGCCCGAGAGUUGCUGGUACUUCCACCAGACAGCUGUACCCUGCCUGCUUGCCCUGGCUGUGCAGGCUGCCAUGCCAGAGAAAGACGUUCCCAAUCUUGGGAAGCUGCUGUUAGAGGAGGAUGUCUUAGCAGCCAUGGUGUCUGUCAUCAGCACAGCCAGCACCCACCUGAGUCCUGAGCUAGCUGCUCAAAGUGUCGCCCUUAUUGUACCCCUUUUUCUGGAUGGCAACAUAUCCUUUCUCUCUGAAAACAGCUUCCCCAGCAAGUUUCUCCCAUUCCAGAAUAGUUCCUCAGAACAGAAGCGGCUGGUUGCACUUCUCAUGGCCUUUGUUUGCUCUCUGCCCAGGAAUGUGGAGAUACCUCAGCUAGACAGGCUUAUGCAAGAGUUGCUGACUCUGAGCUGCCACCACGAUGUUCUCUUCUCCUGCACUGCCGCCGCCAAGUGUUUUGCAGGGCUACUCAACAAACACCCAGCAGGGCAACAGCUAGAUGAAUUUCUACAGAAAGCUAUGGAAAAAGUGGAGGCUGGCCUGAGCCCAGGCUCCCAUCGUACCCAGGCCUUCACACUGCUCCUUUGGGUGACAAAGGCUUUAGUGCUCAGGUAUCACCCUCUCAGCUCCUGCCUCACAGACCGGCUGAUGGGCCUUCUGAAUGAUGCUGAAUUGGGCCCCGCAGCAGCCGAUGGCUUCUCCCUGCUGAUGGCUGACUGCCCAGAUGUGCUGCACCGAGCUGGCCACGCUGAGAUACGCAUCAUGUUUCGUCAGCGUUUCUUCACAGAUAGUGUGCCUGCCCUGGUCCAGGGCUUCCACGCUGCUCACCAAAGUGUGAAACCCAACUACCUAAAGGGUCUGUCUCACGUACUCAACAGCCUGCCGAAACCUGUGCUUCUUCCAGAGUUACCAACAUUACUCUCCCUGUUGCUCGAGGCCUUAUCAUGCACAGAUUGUGUGGUGCAGCUCUCCACCCUCAGCUGCCUUCAGCCUCUUCUGCUGGAUGCACCACAAGUCAUGAGCCUUCACAUCAACACCCUCGUCACCAAGUUCCUAAAUCUCAGUUGUAGCCCUUCAAUGGCUGUUCGGAUCGCUGCACUACAGUGUGUGCAUGCGCUCACCAGGCUGCCGACUCCUGUGCUGCUGCCCUACAAAAUGCAGGUGAUCCGGGCAUUGGCUAAGCCCCUGGAUGACAAAAAGAGGCUGGUGCGCAGAGAAGCAGUGACAGCCAGGGGAGCAUGGUUUCUCCUGGGGAGUCCAGGCAGCUGAGGUCAUGGCCUUUUGCCUAACAACACUGACAGACAAUCUGAUCCAGAGUCACUGACCCAUCAAGCCGUCUUCCUAGUGAAUGGGCCCUGCCCAGGGAGGGGAGAUCAUUGGCACCCUCCCAGCUGUGGGCUCCAUCCGGUGCUGCAUGGCCGUACAAGGAACACAGUAUUCCUCAAUGCUAGUGGAUACUGUGCAGUGACUUGUGUGAGGCCAUGUGAGUGUUUUGGCAAGAAGAGACCCUGGCUGGGUGGAGGCUACAGGAUGAAGAGGGAAAAGUUUUAUGAGGGUAAAGGAGAUUCCUGGGCACCCUACUGAGGAAUGAAUGUGAGUGAUUGGCCCUAAGGGCCUCAAAGACUUUGUAUGUUGUGUGUGUCCCUGCUAGAGAAUAAAGACAUCUUUUGGUUA